AUUGUCUGAAGAAACGCGUGUCCUUCAAUUGAAAACAAUAUGAGUUAGCUGCUUCAUUCACUACACUACACUACACUACCAGCUAACAGAGACAGCUUUCAGCUUCUACUACUCCACCGACUCCUUCACUCUCUCUUCCUCCUUCAUCUCAUUCCCCUUUCUGCAAUGGAAGAUGCGGAAUGGGUUCUGGUGCAGCGCCCCCCACAGAAAGACUGGUGGAACCCGACUUCAGCCAAUGCAGUGGGUGAUGGACCUUCUAGACCCUUGAAGGUUACUUUUUCUGGGCCUGCAAAGCACUGGACCGAUGCCAUCCCCAUUGGCAAUGGCCAUCUUGGAGCCAUGGUUUGGGGUGGCGUGCAAUCGGAAAUUCUCCAGCUCAAUGAGGACACACUUUGGACUGGGAUUCCUGGCGAUUACACAAAAAAAACUGCUCCUGAAGCGCUGGCUGAAGUUCGAAAACUUGUUGAUGAUAGAAAAUACUCUGAAGCUACGGCAGCAGCUGUCAAGUUGUCAGGAGAUCCUUCUGAUGUAUACCAACUUAUUGGGGACAUCAAGUUGGAAUUUGAUGAUUCUCAUCUUAAAUAUUCAGAAGAGUCUUAUCGUAGAGAGCUCGAUUUGGAUAAUGCAACAGUGAAAGUAAAAUAUUCUGUUGGUGAUGUAGAAUUUUCCAGAGAACAUUUUGCUUCUAAUCCAGAUCAAGUGAUAGUGGCAAGGUUUUCUGCAAGCAAGUCAGCGUCAUUAUCAUUUACAGUGUCUUUGGAUAGCAAAUUACAUGACAAUUUACGGGUAAAUGGCCAAAAUCAGAUAAUAAUGGAAGGAAGUUGUCCUGGUUCUAGGAUCAGGCCAAAAGUGAAUUCUAAUGACCCUCCAAAAGGAAUUCAAUUUUCUGCAGUUCUUGAUAUACAAAUUAGUAAUGACAAAGGGGUUAUACAUGUCUUGGAUGAUAAGAAGCUAAGAGUUGAAGGUUCAGAUUGGGCUAUUUUACUUCUGACAGCUUCUUCUUCUUUUGAUGGCCCAUUUACUAAGCCUGAAGACUCUAAGAAAGAUCCCACAUCUGAGUCCCUUAGUAAGAUGAAGUCUGUGAAAAGUGUUUCAUAUGCCGAUCUUUAUGCACGUCACUUGGAUGACUAUCAGAAUCUAUUUCAUCGUGUCUCAUUGCAACUCUCUAAAAGCUCAAAGAAUGUUUUAGGAAAAUCUGUUUUGGACGAAAGGAAAUUGGUUUCCCCUCAAACUAACAUCUCUCAAAUGGGAGGUGAUGAAACCAUUCCAACUUCAGCAAGAGUCAAAUCAUUUCAAACUGACGAAGAUCCUUCCUUUGUGGAGCUUUUGUUUCAAUAUGGUCGAUAUCUACUAAUUUCUUGUUCACGUCCUGGAACUCAGCCGGCAAACUUACAGGGUAUAUGGAACAAAGAUCUCGAGCCUGCAUGGGAUGGUGCUCCUCACACUAAUAUUAAUCUUCAAAUGAAUUAUUGGCCGUCUCUGUCUUGCAACCUACACGAAUGCCAAGAGCCGUUAUUUGAUUUCAUUUACUCUUUGUCAGUCAAUGGUAGUAAAACUGCAAAGGUGAACUAUGAAGCAAAUGGUUGGGUUGUGCAUCAAGUUUCUGACAUAUGGGCCAAAACAUCCCCAGAUCGAGGUGAGGCUGUUUGGGCUUUAUGGCCAAUGGGUGGAGCUUGGCUUUGUUGCCAUCUAUGGGAGCAUUAUACUUAUACAAUGGACAAAGGUUUUCUCAAAAAUAAAGCAUAUCCUUUGUUGGAAGGAUGUACAUCAUUUUUGCUGGAUUGGUUGAUUCAAGGCCAUGAUGGAUUGUUGGAAACUAACCCAUCAACUUCACCAGAGCACAUGUUCACUGCACCAGAUCAAAAGCCUGCUAGCGUAAGCUACUCAUCAACCAUGGACAUUUCAAUCAUAAAAGAAGUAUUCUCCAUAAUCAUAUCUGCUGCUGAGGUUCUGGGAAGACAAGAUGAUGCUAUUAUCAAAAGAGUUACCGAGUCUCUGCCUAAGCUCCCUCCAACAAAAAUCUCUAGGGAUGGAUCCAUUAUGGAAUGGGCAGAAGAUUUUCAGGACCCAGAUAUACAUCAUAGACAUGUUUCCCAUCUGUUUGGCCUGUUUCCAGGACACACAAUCAGUCUUGAGAAAACUCCAGACCUUUGUAAAGCUGUGGAUUAUAGUCUAAUUAAAAGAGGGGAUGAAGGUCCAGGGUGGUCAACAACUUGGAAAGCUUCAUUAUGGGCUCACCUUCACAACAGUGAGCAUGCAUAUCGCAUGAUAAAGCACUUGAUCGUUUUGGUAGACCCUGAACAUGAAAGUGAUUACGAAGGAGGACUUUACAGUAACCUGUUCACAACACAUCCCCCUUUCCAGAUUGAUGCAAACUUUGGGUUUUCAACAGCAAUUGCAGAAAUGCUUGUUCAAAGCACACUGAAGGACCUCUACUUGCUUCCCGCACUACCUCGCGGAAAAUGGGCAAAUGGUUGUGUAAAAGGAUUAAAAGCACGUGGUGGCGUGACAGUCAACAUCUGCUGGAAAGAAGGAGAUCUGCGUGAAGUGGGGCUUUGGUCAGAAAACCAGAAUUCCCGAGUGAGACUACAUUAUAGAGGAACCAUGGUCUUAGCAAAUUUAUCACCUGGCAGAGUUUACUCAUAUAAUAACCAGUUGAAGUGUGUGAAGACAUACUCACUUAGCCAACUGAGUCUUUGAAAUUUUCUUGUCUGAAUUUUCCUACAGAAUAACAUACAUUGCUUUUUGCCUCCUGUCAUUGGACUCAAUGUUGAAGUUUGAUAGUUUUCUCUUCUUUUUCUUUAUGAUUAUUCUUCGACAGUUAUUUAGCCACAGAAGAUGUAAUUUAACUGAGAAGUUUCUUUCAUUACUUUUGUUGUGCGGUUGAGGGUGUAAAACCUGGUAAUAUCACUGUCAUUUUGUUAUUAA